CACCAACGCCAGACACCGGGACAGCGCUGGGGCGGAGGGGACGAUGGAGAAUUUUACGGCGCUUUUCGGAGCUCAGGCUGACCCACCGCCGCCCCCAACCGCACUCGGCUUCGGACCUGGAAAGCCUCCACCCCCGCCGCCUCCUCCUCCGGGCGGGGGUCCAGGCACGGCCCCGCCCCCCACCGCGGCCACGGCCGCUCCCGGCGCUGACAAGUCAGCGGCAGGUUGUGGCCCCUUCUACCUAAUGCGGGAACUACCAGGCAGCACAGAGCUGACAGGCAGCACUAAUCUGAUCACACACUACAACCUGGAACAGGCCUAUAAUAAAUUCUGUGGGAAGAAAGUGAAGGAGAAGCUAAGUAACUUCCUGCCUGACCUGCCAGGGAUGAUUGAUCUGCCUGGUUCCCAUGACAACAGCAGCCUCCGCUCCCUCAUCGAGAAGCCCCCUAUUCUCGGUGGCUCUUUUAAUCCUAUCACAGGGACCAUGCUGGCUGGCUUCCGCCUCCAUACUGGUCCGUUGCCGGAGCAGUGUCGUCUGAUGCAUAUUCAGCCUCCCAAGAAGAAGAAUAAGCACAAGCACAAACAGAGCCGUACCCAGGAUCCUGUCCCCCCAGAAACACCGUCUGACUCAGAUCACAAAAAGAAGAAGAAGAAAAAAGAAGAGGAUCCUGAACGGAAAAGGAAGAAGAAAGAGAAGAAGAAAAAGAAGAACCGACACAGUCCAGACCACCCGGGCAUGGGCAGCUCUCAGGCCAGCAGCAGCAGCAGCCUCCGCUAACAGAACCAGUGACUCUGCCAGAAUGACCUUCCUGCUGUACUGAACCUGCUGACAAAAGCUGCCCUCGCGGCUCUUGGUCACUGCCUCCGGAGCGUCCGCUGCUGCUGGGACAGAAGCCAGCUCCUGCUGUGCUUGGUUAAGAUGAACACAUUGUAAGAGAGAAGGGCCCUGCUUUUGUAAGGCUCAGCCGUUUGCUUUCUCAUGGACAUCCCUUCCUCUCCCAGGAAGCUUUCUUUUCAUCUCUUUUGUGCAGUUCGUCUGAUUUAGGACUUUUAUCUGAUUUAGGACUUUAUCUGGUAUGUUAGGAUUUUUAAUUUUCUUAAAAUUGCAUUUAUCAAACUGGCUGAAACAUGGCUGCCUGUUAAGAGGUAAGUGCCUUUCUAUGAGAGUCAGGAUUUAAGCCAAGGCAUGCUAAGAUCUGAGGGGAUUUGGGUCUUGUAUUACAUUUAUCUCAUCAGCAGGCAGGGAAACAGCCAAAAUGAGACUGGGCAGCAUGGUCUAAACAUGAGGCAGGGCUUGCUGAUACCUCUCCACAGCAGACACAGAACACUGCUCAUGUUAACCAAGUACCUGCGUGAUCUUCAGGCUUCAUCUGAAGGAGCUGAUCCAGUUAGGGCUCAACUGUUUUCUGUGUGAAUUCUGUGUUGAAACAGAAUAGCCAACUGAAAAAGCACCCACCGUCACCAAGGUAUUUCAACAAGGUAGCUUCUUGGUCAAGCCUACGAAUUUUUUAAAUAAACCUCUGGCAAAGGUAAAUGCUUCUCCUCAUAAUAAAAUCUUUUGCCCUGCCUCA